UCAAGCGGCUAAUGGGUAAAGCUGGAGCCGGUAGUUGAAGAAAAAGGAAAGGCCCACACUCACCCACCGCAACGAACGCCCACAUUCUCCGAUGCAAAGGAACUGAACCACUAACGUAGACGAAACAUAUAAUUGAAGGCAGUGCAGUGCUUCCACCAGCUCCAAACUUUAUUUCUUCCUCUCUCUCUCUUUUUUUUUUUUUUAAAAUUUCGCCAUUAUUAUAAUGUAAACUCAACAAUAUUUCUUGUUUUCUUUGCUUUACAAAUAUUAAUGCUCUUUUUUUUUAACAUUUUCUUUUUUUUUUCUUGGGAAUCUUUGCAGUGAUCAUGACUUCUGAGCUCUUGGAAAUUCAACCUCUAGAACUCAAAUUUACUUUUGAGUUGAAGAAACAGAGUUCAUGCUUAAUCCAAUUGACCAACAAGACUGAUCAAUAUGUAGCCUUUAAGGUGAAGACUACUUCUCCCAAGAAAUACUGUGUGAGACCCAACACUGGCAUUGUUAAACCCAAAUCAACAUAUGAUUUUACAGUUAUCAUGCAAGCUCAGCGUGUUGCUCCACCUGACUUGAUUUGCAAGGACAAGUUCCUGAUUCAAAGUACAGUAAUUCCAUUUGGAACAGCUGAGGAAGACAUUACAUCCGACAGAUUCUCUAAGGAAAGUGGCAAACACAUUGAAGAAAAGAAGCUGAAAGUAUUCCUUACAAGCCCAUCAAAUUCACCUGUUUUGACUGCAAUUAAUGGAGACCUGAAACAAGACAUAGGUCAUGAAACUUCAUCUCCAAGGGAUAAAGCACGGCAUGGAGUUGAAAACAUACCUCCAUCUCAGAAGGUUGCUGAGGAUUUUAUGGGGUUUGAGACUGCUAAGGAUGCAGGGGAGUUAGGAACAACUAUGGGCACUCAACAGUUUAAAACUUCCAGAGAUGAAACAGAAGAGCUAACUACUGCUAGCGAUUUGCAGUCAAGUGUUGCCAAGGAUGUGCAGCAAUUGAAAUCAGCAAAAGCUGACGAUUUUGAGAACUUGAAGUCAAAGAUAAGUUUUAUGGAUUCAAAAAUUAAAGAGGCUGAAGUUACCAUCAUGAAGCUGACACAAGAGAGAAGCAUGGUUGCUCGAGAGAAGGACAAGCUUCAAAGUGAAUUAGAGUUGUUGAAGACGAAGUCCAAUGCCAUAAGAAUAACUCAGGUAGGUUUUCCGCUCCUCUACGUAUGCAUGGUGGCCGCUGUCGGCCUGGUGAUCGGAUACUUGAGCAAUCUCUAGGGAGCGAGAACAAGUGAAUCUUUUGUUAUCUUACUAGAAGUUCUAAGUUCCAACAUUAAAAAAAAAAAGUCUUUUCCUAUAUAUAAUGUUGGAACCUCUUAUUGUUUUUUUAUAUAUAAUUGGAACUUCCUAUUGUUAUUGUAAGUAAAUUGCACAUUUUUUUAACUGAAUAUGAAGAUAACAAAUACCUGUAUAGAUUACAGCCUA